GGUGCAGACACCAACUCGAUGCACAGCUGCGUUGCGUUUCACCACCAUGUCUGAUCAAUCUCCCCCACCAAAGCCCAAGCCUGGUUCUCUGCGAGACAGGAUUGCAGCUUUCGAAAACAAACAAUCAGCACCAGCAUCAGCUCCACCUCCUCCGCGCCCAAAGCCAGGUGGAUUGCAAUGGAAACCGAGAGCCCCAUCACCACCGUCGUCGCCAGGAUCAUCGGCAGAUCGUGCUCAGACACCUGAGAAAAAGACAUCGGGGGCGGGCAGUGGUAUGUCUGCAUCUGAUGCUAAGGAAAGCAUCGGGAUGGGAGGGACGUUGAAGGAAAGGAUGGCUGCGCUUCAGGGGAGAGGUGGGUUUGGGGCCCCGGCACCUGUCAUCCCCCCCAAGCCAACUGAGAAACCGAAGUGGAAGCCUCCUCCCGUUGUACAGUCGCCCCCCACUGAUGAAGAAGAUAAAGAGGUAACCGAGGAUACCCGCGAAGCUUCCAGGUCUCCAGCCCCUGACGCGAUUAACUCG